AUGAGGACCCCGCUGUUCGACUUGGACAUCGGAGUGCCAAGAACCACGGCCGCCGUCUCGACGGCGACAGCCAGCGGCGUAGCCCUCGCCCGCGUACGCCUCUCAGCAUCUUCCGAGCUGAAAGCGUUCUCGGGACGGGACGCCAGCGAAGAGAAAGCCAGACUGUGGCUCAACCGUCUGAAGUCCGCCGCGCGGCGCGACGGGAUGACGGGCGAAGAAGUGUCCGGGCAGUUCAGCGAUCUAAUGAGCGGCCCUGCGCGCCAAUGGUAUCUCCAGUUGCCCAGGAAGGUCAAGAAAUCAUGGACCGAGCUGAUGGAGCAAUUCCGGGUGCAGUACUGCGGCAAGGGCGUGUCAAUGGCCAGUCGCUACUACCAUGCGGCUCAGCGCCCCGACGAGACCCCUCUGGAUCACUUGUACCGGCUCAACGUCGCGGGCUUAAGGACCAACAUCUCAUACGCCGAGGGCACGACUGAAGAGAAGCGGGAACACGUCGAGCAUUUCAUCCGGACGCUGAACACGGAGGCCGAACUCGCCUCGCGUCUCACGCUGAUGGAGGUCGCCGACUCCGAGGCGCUGGAGAAGAAGCUGCGUACCCGACAACGUGGAUUGGCUCACCAGAAAAAGACUCUCUUCGGCUCGAACAAGUUCCGCCAAAAGGCGCCGACCCCGCCGACUCAGCCGGCGCGCGCCGUGCAUGCGAUUCACGUCGCGUCGGACGAGUACGACUCGGAACGCGAAAGUCGCGACAGCGACGAUCGCCAGUACGACCAAGACGAGGCGGACGAAGAACGCGCCAAGUUGUUCGUCGCGGGACAGGCCCCGCCGGGAGAGCCGGCGCGUCGCAACUUCGAUCCCGACGACUCGGGACGCGACCGCCCGCGGUGCCGCCACUGUGGUUCACGUCGCCAUGUCGAAGGAGACUGCUGGAAGUUGUUGACGUGUCAGAAGUGUGGUGGCCAGCACCCGACGGAGCGAUGCUUGAGGGUGUGCAAGGCCUGCGGUGACGUGCACGAAGCCGGAGAAUGCUCGAUGGAGGAGUUCUUCAACCAAUUGUGCCAGUGGUUUGACCCGAAUAAACACGCGGGAAUGCUGCCGCCGGCCGCCGAGAAGAUGUUAAACUAG